UUAUAAAAUGAUUAAAAUAGUAUUUUUUAUGUUAUUUCUGCUUACUUUGGUUUGCGUGAACAACUGUCAACUUACGUCGUAUAAUCCAGCUGGACAACCGGCGUUUGGAGCUCCAUUUGACGAAGUGGUGGUGGAGUCUUCGUUGGUGGUUAGGCCGAAGAACAGCGGAAGACAAUCCCGCACGCGUCAACGCAGCGAGAACAUCGACGCGUCGCCGAGAGUCGCAUUGCCGCCGCCACUACCCGCAAGAACCAAGCGGCAUCAGGCGCCAAUUCACCUCGGCAGUUAUGUCUUUGAGCAAAGUCAAGGCCUGGGAUCGUCGUUUACUUAAGAUGAUAUCAGCAAAAGGGCGCGGAACAACGACUCAAUUUAGUUAAACAACGAAUCAGCAU